UGGAUACUCUUCUGCUUGACCACCACAUCAAAAAUGGCAGGCACCGGCACCGGCACCGGCACCGGGAAAUGCCUUCUUGUCACCGGCCCUCCGUACUCUAGGGUUGUUUUAGAGAAUCGCUCACCGCACCAUUUGAUAAGAUUCAAUGAAUGAUCCAAGAGAGAGCUCAGCUCCUCCAGGGUUUGUUAUAGAGUCCCUAAAAUCCGAAUCGCACAGUAAUCUGUUAACCUUAUUAUUACCUCUCUACUUUUUGCCAGCCAGGUAUACAACAAAAUUCGAUACAACAAAAUUGGAUUUCAAUAUUAUUAUUAUUAUUAUUUUUUUUUUUUUCUGAUUUUGCAAUGAAGGGUGUCGGAAAAACCACAUUGAUCAUGAGAGUGUUGGAUAUGAUGAGGAUGAGGAUGAGGAUGAAGGGGCUUUCCAACCCCAACCUAAAGAUCCAAGGUUUCUACACUCGUAAGUCACGCCCAGAAGAGAUGAGGGAACGCCGAGGAGGACAAAGGGUUGGUUUUCAAGUGGUCACCUUGGAUGGCCGCACAAGUUUGCUUGCUUCUUCUACUGUUUCUAGUCAAGAAUCCAUGACAUCAUGGCCUAGCGUUGGCAAGUAUAAAGUGGACAUUGCAUCCUUUGAGUCUAUAGCAUUGCCUGAGCUUCAGGUCAAAGAGGACACCCAUCUUUUCAUCAUUGAUGAAGUUGGCAAGAUGGAGAUGUUUAGUCCAUCCUUCUUUCCCGCUGUCCUCACUGUUUUGGAAUCCAACAUUCCUCUUCUUGCUUCCAUUCCUAGCCCAAAAUCUGGUGGACAUCUUCCUGGAGCAGUGGCGAGGUUGAAGAACCAACCGGGAGUGACAAUAAUCAAUCUGAGCGAGAGUAACAGAGAUUCAAUGAAAAGACAUAUCUUUGACGUUUUGUCUGGAUGGCUGCACAAUGGCAAUCAGUAGAGUAGAGGGCGUCGUCUCUCUUCUCCUUUUCUAUCAACCUUAUUAUAUAUACUGUAUACUGUACUCUAACGCUAUUUAGAUAAAUCCUAAAAAUUGUGUAGAGA